AUGGCUGUGGUGGUGCGAUGCGGUUACAGCAUAACUCAGAAUGUGCCUUUUACUUUUUAUUUGGUAAUUUUUGUACUCAGUGGCCUUACAAAUGCACAAAUACGAUACACCAUUCCGGAGGAGCUAGAGAAUGGGGCUGUGGUCGGCGACAUUGUUCGCGAUUUGGGUCUGGACCUGCAAAAGCUCUCCUCCCGACGCAUCAGAAUCACCUCGGACAGCGCACGGAGAUAUUUCAACAUAAAUCAUAAAAAUGGCAAGCUGUCGGUGAGUGACCGCAUCGACCGGGAGACGCUGUGUGAAUUCAGUGGCACCUGUUUGCUCAACCUAGAAGUGGGGGUUGAGAACCCGCUCGAGGUGCAUAAUGUGGAGGUGGAGAUUCUGGAUGCGAAUGACAACUCGCCACAGUUCCCCCGGGACGAGUACCAGCUGGAAAUCUCAGAGUCCGCCAUAACUGGGUCCCGGUUCCCCAUCGAGGGCGCACAGGAUGCAGAUGAAGGCUCCAACUCAGUUCGCCUCUACCGGCUCAGCAACAAUGAGCACCUCGCGCUGGACUCCAACAAGCCCGCGGCAAAUAGCAAGAACAUCCAGCUCGUGCUCAAAAAGCCAUUUGACCGUGAGCAUACACCAUCUCAUCAGUUGAUACUGACUGCUGUCGAUGGAGGCACUCCGGCGAGCACAGGUACAGCCAAAAUCAACGUGCGUGUCCUGGAUUCCAACGACAACGUGCCUGUGUUCGACAACUCCGUGUACAAAGUGAAACUGUCGGAGAACUCGCCCAAGGGUGCUCUAGUGAUAAAGUUAAACGCCACAGACCGGGAUGAAGGCACAAACGGGGAGGUGUUUUACUCUUUUAGCAGUUACACCCCAGAGAGGGUGAGACAAAUGUUCUCCAUGGACACAGAUACAGGAGAGAUCAGAGUGAAGAACAACAUAGACUAUGAGGAGACUAACUCCUAUGAGAUGUACAUACAAGCUAUGGACAGGGGUCCUUCUGCAGUGGUCGUCCACUGUAAAGUGGUGGUGGAGGUUUUGGAUGUGAACGACAACAUUCCUGAAAUCGUGCUGUCAUCUCUUUCCAGCCCGGUCCGUGAGGAUGCACGGGCUGACACCGUGGUGGCUCUGAUCAGUCUUAAUGAUCGGGACUCCGCCCAGAACAAACAGGUGACCCUGGAGAUCCAACCUGGUGUUCCCUUUAAGAUCAAGUCCUUCCGGAACCACUACACCUUGGUCACUGCUGCGUUCCUGGACCGAGAAACCAUCUCCACCUACAACGUCACAGUAACCGCCAUCGAUGGGGGAACCCCGGCCCUGUCUUCACACAUGUCCAUUAAAGUUGACGUGGCCGAUGUCAAUGACAACCCUCCCCGCUUCGAACAGACUUCCUACACGGUGUACAUGAUGGAGAAUAAUGCACCUGGCGCGUCGAUGUGCGUUGUAAAGGCAAUGGAUGCAGACGCUGGGGAGAACGCUCGCAUCACCUACACCGUCCUCAAUGACAACAACCACGGCAUCCCUGUUGCGAGCUACGUCAGCAUCAAACCCGACACGGGAGAGGCCUAUGCCCUGCGAGCCUUCGACUUCGAGAAGCUCAGAGAGUUCCACUUCCAGGUGAAAGCCCAGGAUGGUGGCGUGCCGCCCCUCAGCCGCGUAGCAACAGUCUACGUUUACAUUAUGGACCAGAACGACCACUCCCCUAGGAUAGUCCAUCCUCCAGCCAAUGGAACGCGGACCACCGAGACGCUGAUGAAGAAUGCAGAGGCGGGGGCUCUGGUGACCAAGGUGGUGGCGUGGGACGGAGACGCAGGUCAGAACGCCUGGCUGGUGUACGCCCUGGAGCAGACCACCUCUGAGCUGGACCUGUUUAAAGUCCACGAGCACACGGGGGAGAUACGCACCAUGCGGCGUGUCAGCGAGGACAACUCCACCUCUUUCCUGCUGACCGUUCUGGUUUGUGACCAUGGCCUCCCGCCGCUCUCCUCCACCGCCACCAUCAAUGUGCACGUCAUGGAGCUGCCACCCAAGUUGACCCCCGACCCCAAACGCAUCAUCAGGCCUCACAGCCCGCUGCUGUUCUCCAACGUGACCCUCUACCUGAUCGUGGCCCUGAGCGCCACCACCUUUGUGUUCCUGGUCACCAUUGUGGUGCUGGCCAUCGUCCGCUGCCACGCCUACUGCACCCAGCCCGGCUCCUGCUCGCCCUGCUGUGUGUCCCAAAAGAGUGUCCCCGAGGGCGGCACCUUGGCUGGUGGGGGUGGAGGGUCAUUGGGUCGAGGUGGCGGUGGCGGUGGUGGGGGAGGUGGAGGAGGUCAGGGUCAACCCAACAACAAUGUUGCUCUGCGGAGAGACCUGAAGGUUGAACCUCACUACAUCGAGGUGCGGGGGAACGGCUCCAUGACCAAAACGUACUGCUAUAAGACAUGCAUGACAGCCACGUCGGGGAGUGACACCUUUAUGUUCUAUAACACGGGCCGGCCCCACAGCGGCACCUGGAGCUCCGGGGGAUACGUUACCAGCCAGAGUGGACAGAGCCAGAUGUUUGUACGCAGGCUCAGCAUGCCAGAUGCAACCGCCAUACAGGUGUGUGUGUGUCCCAAGGUGCCGAAUUCAGACUGGCGUUACUCUGCCUCACUUAGGACUGGGAUGCAGAGCUCAGUGCACAUGGAGGAGUCGUCGGUGAUGCAGGGAGCCCAGGGGGUUCUGGUCCAGAACUGGCCGACCGUGUCUAGCGCCACCGGAGAUGCUGAGGGUGGAGAGACGUCCCCACCCAUGGGAGCCGGAGUGGAUAGUAACAGCUGGCACUUCCGUUACGGUGCAGGCGGCCCCGGUGGGCCCCCCCAGCACCUGAAGCCUGGCGAGGUCCCCCCCGAAGCCUUCAUCAUCCCCGGAUCCCCCGCAAUCAUCUCAAUCCGCCAGCAGGGAGGAGAGGACGACAAGAGCGACUUCAUCACUUUCGGAAAGAAGGAGGAGGCCAAGAAGAAGAAAAAGAAGAAGAAGGAGAAGAAGGAUAAGAAGGAUAAGGGGAAGGAUGAUGACGAGUAGCGGUGGAGGAGGAAGAGGAAGAGAAGGAAAGGGAGCUGUUAAAACAGAGGUACCAACCAAAGUCCAACUGGUAACAAAAAUAAAAGUAUUUGAGACAACAGGUGAAAAGAGAGAUCCCCAGUUCAACUUCAUUAUCUCUGGCUCAGUAACACAGACAGGCAGACAAAGUCACACUGCCGUCCUCCGCUCGAUACCCACCCCUGGAACAAAGAUAAUAGCCCAGGUCUUUCUAACUCUCUCUGGUAAUAAUUUGGCCUUACCAAGAUUACUGUAGUUUAACGUCUCCUUCAAAUCCCUGUCUUGGGUAAUUGCUUAAUAAUCAUGCCUUGAUGAGAAAAAAUGUAUUGAUACAUUUUCCUCCAUGCCCCCUGGUGCCUGCCUAUACACCCUGAGCCAAAUAAUACCCUCCCACUCCUCUCAGCAAGGGGACAAGAGCUACUGUCUCCCCUUGCCCUCUGCUAUUCACCUUCUCUACCACGGAUACGUUGGCACCUCGGUCUUACCCUUUCCCACCAUGUUGUAUAAUCUCUUUUCUUUGAGACGAAAAGAAAAUCUGAGGAUGAGAAGAAAACAGCUCUGUGCCAGCCUCGGAAAAAGAACAAAAAAAGCAAAUGUCAAGAAGAAGAAAAGAAAGUAAAUGGAAGAGGACACAGACAGAGCUAAAUGUUUAGAGCUGGACACUCACACUUGUAAAUAGCACAGGAGAGAGUCGCUAAAGCUGAGGCUAAAUGCUAACAUGACACUGCUGCUGCAGCUUCCUAUCGCGUUCUCUAUCUGUCAGUGUUCCCUGAGACGGCAAGUAAAACAUGGCUGUCAAUGAUACACACAGACACGUUGACACACACACGCUCACAAACAUGGACACUGAGAACACCUGAGACCUGGAGAGAGGUACAAAAUCUAGGAGCUGCCAACAAACAACAGCGAACAAAUAACAAUAUGUUUAAUACAGAACGCAAGCUUUUCCCCCAGCAGCACAGUCUCCUCAGCAGGACACACAUGUACUGUAGAUCUAGCCUCUCAGGAUCGACACAGCCGCAUCCCCUGCAAUUACUCCUGGUUGGUCUGCUCAAUACUCUAUUUUGGGACAAUGAGGUCUCUCUCUCUCAAAGCAGCCAACAGCUCAAUGAGAUCCCUCUCUCUCAAAGCAGCCAACAGCUCAAGGUGAUCCUCUGUCAAAGCAGCCAACAGCUCAAUGAAAUCCCUCUCUCUCAAAGCAGCUAACAGCUCAAUGAGAUCCCUCUCAAAGCAGCCAACAGCUCAAUGAGAUCCCUCUCUCUCAAAGCAGCCAACAGCUCAAUGAGAUCCCUCUCUCUCAAAGCAGCCAACAGCUCAAUGCGAAGAGAGAAAAAGAGGGAAUGAGAGAAAGGAGGAACACUCUUCAGAUUAUCUUGAGAACGGAAGAGAGGAGUCCAGCUGAGUUGGCCUGUGAUCCAGCUUGUUGAGCAGGGCUCAGUUGGAAACUUGUAUAAUAGCAGGACUGUCUCUAGCUAAAGAUGAUCUCUCCCCUGCCACUCAGCAAAAGCCUGAUGCUUUCUGCUCUGAAUGUUUGGUAGCAACCAUCCUUUACCUGAUACCCAACCUGAUCUCCAUCCUCCCCACUCCCCUGACCUUUCCACCCUCAACCCCACCCUUAUCCCAACCACAGACUGCUUCUUCACGUGAUGAUGAUGAUGAUGACAUUUGUGAAUUUUUUCUCUUUUUAUUUGUUCUUGGAGAAGAGCCACGAUUUCCUGCUCUGUUUUGUUAGCUUUAACUGAUCUGCAGUGCUUCUUCUUGUCCCCCCCCCCCCCCCCUGCCCUUCAUCUCUCUCUUUUUCUGGCCAUAGACUCCCCCUCUAACCCCCUGUUCAUUCAGGGUGAACUGGGAAGGCCUAUUCUGAACCUUGUGGUGUGCUGGGGUCAGUAAUAUGUGUGAGGCCUGUAGAACCCAGUCGGUGCCGGUGGUCCAGUAUUCUGUUAGCCAAUGUCAGAUCCCUCUAAGUGCAAAACGGUUGACUGCUUUUAACUUGUGAAUACUACGCUGUUCAUUCCUGUUUGUGGUCACUGGCGAGAGGGGAUGAGGUGGGAUGGGGACAGGGAUGGAGGUCUGGGACAUGGUGCUGAGGGCUAUCCCUGUCCUUCUUGUUCCUGGGUAAACAUAUAUGAAAACAGUAGGUCACCCAUUGGCUUUUAUGUACACGAUAAAUGUAGAUUUAGACUUGCUUUUCAUACAUGAACUUUGCAUUAAUAAAUGCGAUGUGUAACCUAAUUAUUACAUUAUUAAUGACUAAAUACGAGCAUCUAAGGAUUCCUACCCCACAGCUCUAUCCCACCAAUCCUCUCUCAGGAGGUUUUGUGAGGGGGCGGAGACAUGCUUCAGCCCUGCUUCUAUUGGUUCCCCCUUGCCUGUAAGUUGUUGCCACACCCCCCCAAGUUCUGCAGCUCAGUAUGACUUCACUCCACUAAAGUGGCUGCUGCAUGUAAGUCUCAAAGGAAACAUAGUAUAUAGAGAAAUAUAUAUAUAUAGAAAUAGAUGGCUAUGAUUUUAUUAUUUUCUAUUAUCAUUUUACUUCAUGACUCGCAAAGGAGAUAUUUGUGUGUACCUUGUGCAUAUGACAUCCUACGCACUCCACUGUGGUGUUAUACGUGAACUAAACCUCAUAGAUAUUUGUAAAUGCUAUAGUGUGAUGGCCUUGAAUGCAACUCUGUUCAUUUUGUUUUACCAAAAUAUCAUUUUCGUUUUUGAGAACAAGCAAAGAAAAGGAAAUAAAAAAUAAAAAAAUGAUAAUAAUAUGUUUUGUGUCCGGCUUUGACAUGAUGCUCUACCUAACACUAAUAUUGUAAUUGAAAUAUGUAUGAUCCUGUGUUGAGCUAUAUUUUCCCUUCCACCCCCUUUCAACAGAUAAAAAAAUAAAAAAAUGACAGAAAAAAAAGUCCAAUGUAAAAAUGGUAUAUGUAGUGUAUGCUUGUGUUUAGUGAGCGUUCACGCUGUCAUUCAUUAUUUAGAGUACGGUGGUGACCAAUGGUGGUGCUGUCCUGGCCUACUGGGCAGUACUGAUCUGUUGUAAAACCUUUUUUUGUACACCUGCUCAUCUACUAUGACUGUAAAAUUGUGAAAUUGCAUUUCUUUCCGUUUUUUUAAUUUGCCCUAAAUGGAUACAGUGGUAAUGUGUUUUGUUUAUAAAUCACUAAAUAAAGUUUUCUUUC